GAGAUGCCUUCGCCGUUCGCCACAAAUACUCCCCGGAGAGCGAGUACUUACUGGCUCGCCAUAUGGCACCAACAGCAAAACAGCGAAACAGUGCAGAGACAAGCUACAACAACCUACCCUAACAGGCCAUUCCUUCCACUGCACUUCAUUCGAUCCUGAGCUAUAGCUGGCUGCCUGAGCUCGCUCCAAGAAGUGUAUCUAUAGUAUAGACACUAGGCUUCGUGUGGCGUGCUCGAGAUAUGCUUGCAGUGUCGCCGUCGCCGGUGCGGUGUGCCGAUGCGGAGGAGUGCGGCGGAGGAGGCGCCAGCAAGGAAAUGGAGGAGACCGCCGUCGGGCCUGUGUCCGACUCGGACCUGGAUUUCGACUUCACGGUCGACGACAUAGACUUCGGGGACUUCUUCCUCAGGCUAGACGACGGGGAUGACGCGCUGCCGGGCCUCGAGGUCGACCCUGCCGAGAUCGUCUUCGCUGACUUCGAGGCAAUCGCCACCGCCGGCGGCGAUGGCGGCGUCACGGACCAGGAGGUGCCCAGUGUCCUGCCCUUUGCGGACGCGGCGCACAUAGGCGCCGUGGAUCCGUGUUGUGGUGUCCUUGGCGAGGACAACGACGCAGCGUGCGCAGACGUGGAAGAAGGGAAAGGGGAGUGCGACCAUGCCGACGAGGUAGCAGCCGCCGGUAAUAAUAAUAGCGACUCCGGUGAGGCCGGCUGUGGAGGAGCCUUUGCCGGCGAAAAAUCACCGUCGUCGACGGCAUCGUCGUCGCAGGAGGCUGAGAGCCGGCGCAAGGUGUCCAAGAAGCACUCCCAAGGGAAGAAGAAAGCAAAGGUGGAUUGGACGCCGGAGCUUCACCGGAGAUUCGUUCAGGCGGUGGAGGAGCUGGGCAUCGACAAGGCGGUGCCGUCCAGGAUCCUCGAGAUCAUGGGGAUCGACUCCCUCACGCGGCAUAACAUAGCCAGCCAUCUGCAGAAGUACCGUUCCCACAGGAAGCACAUGCUUGCGAGGGAGGUGGAGGCAGCGACGUGGACGACGCACCGGCGGCCGAUGUACGCUGCCCCCAGCGGCGCCGUGAAGAGGCCCGACUCUAACGCGUGGACCGUGCCGACCAUCGGUUUCCCUCCGCCGGCGGGGACCCCUCCUCGUCCGGUGCAGCACUUCGGGAGGCCACUGCACGUCUGGGGCCAUCCGAGUCCGACGCCAGCGGUGGAGUCACCCCGGGUGCCAAUGUGGCCUCGGCAUCUCGCCCCCCGCGCCCCGCCGCCGCCGCCGUGGGCUCCGCCACCGCCAGCUGACCCGGCGUCGUUCUGGCACCAUGCUUACAUGAGGCAGGGGCCUGCUGCCCAUAUGCCAGACCAGGUGGCGGUGACUCCAUGCGUGGCAGUGCCAAUGGCAGCAGCGCGUUUCCCUGCUCCACACGUGAGGGGUUCUUUGCCAUGGCCACCUCCGAUGUACAGACCUCUCGUUCCUCCAGCACUCGCAGGCAAGAGCCAGCAAGACGCGCUGUUUCAGCUACAGAUACAGCCAUCAAGCGAGAGCAUAGAUGCAGCAAUAGGUGAUGUCUUAACGAAGCCGUGGCUGCCGCUGCCCCUCGGACUGAAGCCCCCUUCGGUAGACAGUGUCAUGGGCGAGCUGCAGAGGCAAGGCGUAGCGAAUGUGCCGCAAGCUUGUGGAUGAUCCCCGGGGCUGCAUAGCUGCUAGCUCGUCCCUGCACGCAGUGCAACAAAAGGAAUUUGUCGACAUGCCUUUUAUGUUUUGAAUUCCCGUGAACCGUUUAUGGAGCACUCUCAACUCGUUCAGGGUCAGAUGAACAGAACAUUAUAGGAGUACAUUCUUUGAGGUUUCAGGUUUGAGGGAAAUCAACCUGAGUGCAUCCAAGUACAGUGUACUGCCACAGUGCCACGUCGGAAAAUGAAGUCUUGACCCGAAUAACAAGUAUUCCCUCGGGUUAUUUGUCG